CGCACGCAUUGUCAGUCCAAAUUACCGGCUUUCCUACUUUGUCGUUGUCCUUGUCCUCUUGAUCAAUUAUGUAUAUAAUGUCUAUUUUCACGUACUCUGAUCCCAAAGAGUCGCUCUUCUCAGUCUUCUCCAACUAUGAUGGGCUUUCAAGCUCUUAGCUUUCGGAAACUAUGUUUGAUAUCUUUUGCAGCGUUUUUCUUGGCACCGACAACCAUGAAUGUCGCAGAAUCUUUGUCAUCUUGCAGUUCCAACAGUACAGGCCCUGUGAUUCCCACAACCCCUUUGGUCAGCUUCCUCGAACGUGUCCAAGAAACCGCUCUCAGCACCUUUGGACCGUCACAAUUUGACCCAAAACUUUACGUUGAUCUGUCGCUGAAGUUUGAGUUGUCCAAGACUCAGGAGGCUUUCGAUAAGCUUCCAAAGUCUGGAAACGGGUCGGUAUCGGUUAAGGAGUUAAAUGGGUUUGUAGAGGAGUACUUUACGGGUGCAGGGGAUGAUAUGGUGCACGCUGAGCCAGUGGAUUUUGUGCCGGCGCCGGAGGGUUUCUUGCCAAAGGUGAAGAGUAAGGAGGUGAGAGCCUGGGCUCUGGAGGUGCAUGCUCUGUGGAAGAAUUUGAGUAGGAAAGUCUCUGAUGAGGUCGUGAAGCGGCCAGAGUUUCAUACUUUGCUUCCUCUGCCCAAGCCUGUCAUAAUUCCUGGGUCACGGUUUAGAGAGGUCUAUUACUGGGAUUCUUAUUGGGUAAUUAGGGGAUUGCUAGCAAGUAACAUGUAUGAGACUGCAAAAGGAAUUGUGACUAAUCUUAUUCACUUGUUAGAAAACUAUGGUCAUGUUCUUAACGGUGCAAGGGCUUAUUACACUAACAGAAGCCAGCCUCCUCUCCUAAGUUCUAUGGUUUAUGAGAUAUACAAUAGGACUGGCGAUAUGCAAUUGGUUAAAAAAUCUCUCCCUGCACUGCUCAAAGAGUAUCAAUUCUGGAGUUCAGGAAUACAUAAGGUGACUAUUCAUGAUGUUCGUUCUUGCAGUCACACUUUAAAUCGGUAUUAUGCAAAGUGGAACAAGCCAAGGCCUGAAUCUUCAACCAUUGACAAGGAAUCUGCUUCCAAUAUCUCAAGUAUUUCUGCAAAACAGCAUUUCUAUCGUGAAGUGGCUUCAGCUGCUGAAUCUGGCUGGGACUUCAGCACAAGGUGGAUGAGGAAUCCCUUGGAUUUCACAACAAUGGCUACGACAUCUGUUUUACCUGUUGAUUUAAAUGCAUAUAUACUCAAGAUGGAACUAGACAUUGCCCACUUGGCAAAAGUUGCUGGAGAUUAUAGUACUGCAGAGAGCUUCUUGAACGCUUCUCGAGCCAGACGGAAGGCAAUAAAAUCUGUUUUCUGGAAUGCAAAGAUGGGACAAUGGCUUGAUUACUGGUUCAAUGAUAGUACAUGUGAGGAACCUCAAACUUGGGAAGUUUGCAACCAGAAUCAGAAUGUAUUUGCUUCAAACUUUGUUCCUUUGUGGGUUGAGUCAUUCUACUCAGAUGAAGAUCCUUCUCUGGUGGAGAAAGUCUUGAGAGGCUUCCAAAGUUCUGGCCUGCUUGGUGCUUUUGGGAUUGCAACUUCUUUGAAAAACUCAGGACAACAAUGGGACUUUCCAAAUGGUUGGGCCCCACUUCAACACAUGAUAGUUGAAGGUCUAGCUAGAUCUGGAUCAAAAGAAGCAAGGUCAUUGGCCGAAGACAUUGCUGUGAGGUGGAUCAGAACCAACUAUGCUGCCUAUAAGAAAACAGGCACAAUGCAUGAAAAACAUGAUGUGACCAAGUGUGGAGAAUUUGGAGGUGGUGGAGAAUACGUACCCCAGACUGGUUUUGGCUGGUCAAAUGGAGUUGUUUUGGCUUUUCUGGAGGAGUUUGGAUGGCCUCAAGACCGAACAAUACAUUGCUAGUGAUCUCGGAGUUUGCAAGCAUAGACAUAUUGCUAUUUGCCUCACUAGCACAUUUUUAAUAACAAGGCUUUUCCUUGCAGGAAGCUAGCCAGUAAAUAAAAGCAUGGCAAUGAAUUACAGUGAUUUUAUUUCAUAAUCUUGAAUUCAAGACAUAUAUGCUAAUGAGGAGACUGAAUCAAAAUUCUCAAAA